UCUCUCUCUCUCUCUCUUGUUUCAUCGAGGCGAAACAAAUCGCCAAUCAUUUCCCACACUGGAGACUCCCUGAAAGCCCGCGGCUGCUCCCGCAGGCCCGCAUCCCUCAGAGCCGCUUCGGCUCAAACCGUUCUCUCAUAUUUCCACGUCUGGCCGCACGGUAAGCAUGCCGGCAUGCAAGUUAUUCGGCAUGUUCGUCGUUGGUCUCGGUUUCAGAAGCGCGUCCGCUUUGCCGCCCGCUUGCGACGUUCUCCCGCACAAUUAUUCGCACGGCUUGACGAAGUCUGGGCUGACGUUCGAAUGUGAUCGGCAUGCGUGCCAGAUCGGCUUGAAGGCCGCGGGCGCGCAGGAGAUCGCAGCACCGCAGUUGAUGUCAAGCCCGAACACAAGCCAUGUCAUUGAGUGCGUCCUAGGAUGCUUGGUUCCAGAUGUGUUCGCUCUCCUGGCUCUGGAGAACUUUGGCGCGGAGGCCGCUAUCUGCGCUGGAUGCGCUGCGGCUCAUUUGGCCGACGACAAGUGCGAGACCUACAUGCAAGACGCGCUGUAUUUACCGAUCAUGCUGAUGCCAGCUACUGCGCUUGCCGUCUUCGAGAAAUGUGGCAAGAGUGUCAAUUGCCCAUGGGACACAGCGAUCACGGUGUGAGGUCUCGUCCAGGACCCACAAGAUGUUUCCCAUGGUUUCGGGUUUGGCUCCGUGACUCCGACAUUUAGGCAUGUCAGUUCCAUGUUGGUCCGUCUUUCGUUGCUUGCAUUAUCCUCCUCAUCGUCCGACGCCUCUUAUUGUGACCAAGGAAAUGGUGGCAUGUACUCGGGAUGGCUUUGGACUGGUUCAUGUCAGCAUGCACGUUGAGUGGAAAUGCCCGUGCCCGUGCACGCUGAACUCGCACGCUGAGCAGAUUGAUUCAUCCUACGUUGUUGAUGCAUUAUCGAACAAAGCGUACCUCUAUCCUCCCUCUUUGGUAGUUCCCUCUUCCGCGCAAGGAUUUCUCAUACA